GCGCUUGCGCUCAGCGAAGCAGCGUGUCCUGCGCGAGACUGCAGCUCUGUCAGUGCCAGCCGCUGGACGAGAGGAAAUACAUGUCCCAGCAUCCCACAGACCUGCCUCUCUGGAGCUAAAUGCCACAAGGCACCCGGGUGCCCGAGUCAUCGCGGACUAAUAGAUGGAGAGGGAACGGCCACGCUGUCAGGUGACAUUGAGCCCAGAGAGUUUUCUCCUUUGGCACAGAGAACAGGAUUUUUAGACUGACUCACCUGGAGUACACUGAAUUUAAAUCUCUGAAGUGGAUCAUCAUAAAGCAACUGCAGAAUACUGGGACUUGAGAGCAUUUGUGGAAAAACAUAUUUGCCAUGGAUUUUCAAGGACAAGAAUAGACAAGAAACAGAAGAGGCAGAAUUUCCUGUAACUGAAAAAAAAAGAAAAUUGUAGUUGUAUUUCAUAUAAUUCCUUUUGAAGACGUUCUUCUCACAUUAAGCAAUAAUGUAUACAGAAUGCUCCAAUUGUGACAAAUAUGUACAAUCCAUGCAUAUGUCAUGUGGAACAAAGUAUUAUGCGAUGCUCUGAAUGGUCAUAAAUUAAUUGGUCAUUCAUACAGUCUGCAAUAAACAGUACCUCAAGCUUUCAUCUCAUUUUAUGGAGGCCUUGCAUAGCCAGUUGACCACAGGGGAGCAAUCUGGAGGUUUAGAAAAGCAGAAUGAGACUUCAGUGGACAGUCCCCAGCCACAUUUAGUCCCGCAGUAUCAUGAACAGAACAAGGUUGUCAACCAGCAGCAACAUGCAAAACAGCAAAAACAUCUUAAUAUUGAGAGAAAGCGCCUCAGAUUACAGAGGAAACCUGCUCAGGAGACAGACACUGUUAAAGAGGGAAUGUCUCCGAGGGCAUCUGGAAGUUCUGGAUGUCUUGUUUCUAGCAUGAGGGAGUCUAGUGAAAUGCCAUCUGGAGCUUCAUCCUCAGCAGUAUCAGCUAUACCAUCCUGUUCCAUGGAUGAGACCCUGGAAGGUACACCUAGACAAAAACGUGAGCGUAAACCUCAAAAGCCUGGAAAAUAUGUGUGCUCAUACUGUGGUCGUGCUUGUGCAAAGCCCAGCGUGCUUCAGAAACAUAUUCGAUCGCACACUGGAGAGAGACCUUACCCCUGUGCACCAUGUGGGUUCUCCUUCAAGACUAAAAGUAACCUUUAUAAACACAGAAAGUCCCACACUCAUAGGGUGAAAGCUGGUCUCACUGCAGAAACGGAUGGACCAGGUAUAAGGUGUUCAGAGGAGCCACUUACAGAAUCAGAUGAAGAAAGCCAACCAUCUUCCUUUUUAGAAAAACAAAGAAUGUCCACUCAAAAGUCAGAUGUCUCAGAAAAGUGCUCUGAGGGACAGUUUCAAGGUACAGAAGACUCCCAUGCAGUUAAAAAGAGACUUGCAAUGAGACUUAGCAGAGGAAGACGAACACCUAUAGGAUCAUCUGAUGAAGCAUCCUCAUCAUUUGGACUAAAUAGCAAAGGUAGCACAGAGUCUGGCUAUUUCUCUCGAUCUGAGAGCACGGAAGUCUCUCAAGAUAGUCCACCAAACACAAGUGCCAAAAGCUAUGCAGAGGUCAUACUUGGAAAGUUUGGUCGCCUUGGUCAUUUACAAAGGACUACUUGUGAACAGCAUGACAAUCCUGCUGGGCAAGAAGGGAAAAGAAUUCCAUUCACUGUGCCUAAAAAGCAAGUUAUUGACCACAUAACUAAACUCAUCACCAUUAAUGAGGCUGUGGUAGACACCAGUAAGAUUGACAGUGUCAAACCCAGAAGGUUCUCAUUCUCUAGGAGAAGCAGCACAGAAGUGAAGCCAACCUCUUCUAAAGAGCCCUUUCUUCACAGUCCAAAAGAAUUAGAUUUGAGUGCGAAGAGCAGUGGUUCUAUUACUCUUGGUGUACCUUGUGAGAAAUUUCAUCACCAUUCUCUUAGUAUCCAACAAGCUGACCCAACCACCACUGCUCCUCUUCUAAGAAGUCACUCUAUGCCCUCAGAUGCAGGUGUUAGUGAUGUGUCUGAAACUUCUCGUAGCCUUCGCCUUAGCCAAUCCUUUGAUGACCAGCAGCCACUUCAGAAUCGGCGUCAUGGUAUGCUUAGACGGCAGCCUGCCAUUGAAUUGCCCAUUGGUGCUGAAAUUACCAUGGAGGAACAAUCCUAUUCCAGAUCACCAUUUCAUCCCUCAGUGCCAGAUCCCAGCCAGAAACAAGAUACAUUUGAGUGUGAUGCAUGUGGUAUAGUUUUUAAUGACUGGGAGAGAUAUCAAACACACGAACAACACUGCUGCACGGUUCACAUUUCUCAACAAAUUGAAAGUCAAGUCUAUCAAGUGGAAGAGCCCACAAGAACACACACAACUCGUCCUGGUGCUUUAGCUUUUAGAAAAAGAAGGAAAGAAGAAAGUAUUGAACUUGAAGAUCCUUCUUUACCCUCUGUUUCUUAUAUACCACGGAAAGGAUCUACACCAUCUUUUGAGAAGCCUAUUAAAGGGACCAUUGAACUGGGUCAAGAACAUGGUACAGAUGUUGCUUUGAAAGGAAUAUCUGUCAUACAGCAUACUAGUUCAUUUGAGAAACAUGAUAGUGCUAUAAAAACCUCUGGACCAGAUGAGGUCUCACGCUCUCAUGAUGUCUCUCACUGUUCUCCUUACUCACAAUCAAAGAUGCAGGCAACUAAACCUUCCUUCCGUAAACUUGUACGCCAACACAAUGUCCAAGUGCCAGAAAUCUUGGUCACUGAAGAUUCAAACACCAACACCAUGGCAGUAUCACCCCCUCCAACUGUCCCUAAAAUUAAGGACAUUGAAAAGGUCAGUGAGUUUCAAUGGCCCCAAAGAAGUCCAACUUUGGCCCAACUUCCAAUUGAGAAGUUACCGCCUAAAAAGAAACGCCUUCGUCUCGCAGAAGCUGCCCAGUCAUCAGGGGACUCAAGCUUUGAAUCAAUGUCCCUGCCUCACAGUCCAAGUCAAGACAGUUGUGUGUCUCAUACCUCCAGUCGAUCAACAUCAUUUGAAGAGGCUUGCAAAGGUGAUGCAGAUACAACACCAACUAGGAGAUCAAGAGCCACUCAUACUUUAACAAUUCCCACAAAUUCUCACCGAGAAAUGAGGCGCUCUGCAUCUGAGCAGGCACCCCAUGUUCCUCAACAUGCUAACCUUAUUACGGAAACUCGCAGCAAGUCAUUUGACUACAGUAGUUUGUCUCCAGAUCGAACCCCUGCAGGAUGGAGAGAACGGCGGAAAUGCCUUCUAAUGAGGCAUAGUGCAGUGAGGGAACCCGAGGAAGAAGACCAAUCUUCUAAAGUCUUCAACACCAGUUCUCCAACUAAAAGGACAAACACAUCACCCAGCUAUAGCCCAGACACCUCCUACAGCCCAAACACCACCCAUCGUGUGAUGUUAAGCAAUACUAUUCACUCAUUUGGUGAGAAGCAGAUCAUGCAAUCACAGCAUGUUUUAUCAGAGAAUACCCAACAGUUUCAUACUGACCAGCCCUCAACAUUGGGAAGUCUGCUUUGUGCAUCAGGUGCUGCCAGAGCUCAUUAUUCUUCAAUGUCGACAGGACUCAAGCUUGAAAUUCCAGUGGAGAAUGAAUUGGUGAAUUCUGAUACAAGGGUCAAUCAACCAUACCUCACUCAUUAUCAUCAUCAGAAUAUUGGUUUUGAUGUUACUUCAAACCCAGAACUAAUGAGACCUUUACCAACCCAGAGAAUUCCAGUCCGACUUAAUUCACAUCUUCCACAUUAUGCAGGCUCCAUUUAUACUACAGUUUCACAAACAAGUCCUCAGGAUCCUUGCUGCUCUGGAGUCAGUUCAGUUGCAGUGGCCUCAAGGUUUGAAAUCAUAGACCAACAACCAAUAUCUGAUGGAUCUAAAUCAGUAAGUGCUGGUGCAACCAAACGUGUGCUGUCCCCCACAAGCAGUGAGGAGCUCAGCCCAGUAAGUGAACAACAACAAAAACGAGUGAAGGAGGAGAUGGACAGUCAGGAAUAUGAAAGUGGAAAUGAUAAAGUUUUGAUCGAAUGCAAGAAAGAAGAAAGACUUGGUGAGCAAAGUGACAUCUUCCUUACAGAACACAAAGAAACAUCAUUUCCUACUCUUAACACUAACGUUAAUUUUAGCUGGUGCUAUCUAAACUACAUAAAGCCCAAUCCAUCCAUACAGAGUGAACAACAAAACUCAGUCUAUUCCUCAUGGUGUACAAGUACCCGCAACCCAUACCCACCUGGCCUGACAAGCAAGGAUAUGCUAGGCCUGUUGCACUGCAGGCAGAGACAUGCAGCACUCAUCUACACCAUGGCAGACACGUCACCCUCUCUUGACAGGAAACAAGAAAUAUCUGACUCCCAAAAGCCUAACACGACUGAGGUACAUGCCACCCAGCCCACAGAACUGAAAGAAGCCCAGCAAGCUGAGUUGAAAGAGGUUGAAAAGAAAACAACAGAGGAGAAUGAGGAUCAACUAUCUACCUCCAAAUACAGCUCACGGGUUCAGAUUUGUGAAGGAGGGUACAGGUCAAGUGAGGAGUACGUGUAUGUCCGGGGCCGGGGGAGAGGGCGAUAUGUAUGUGAAGAGUGUGGAAUACGCUGUAAGAAACCCAGCAUGCUGCGCAAACACAUACGGCUGCACACGGACGCUCGGCCCUACGUCUGCCAGCACUGCAACUUUGCCUUCAAAACCAAAGGUAAUCUGACUAAACAUAUGAAGUCAAAGGCUCAUGGGAAGAGGUGUCCAGAGGGAACUGCUCCAGGACCAGUCCAGUGUGAGCUUGAAACAGAUGAAGGAGGUGACAGUGAUAAGCAUUUCCUCGAGACGGAGCCGAUAGAGGAGCAUCAGUUCUCAGAUGCAGAGGAGACAGAUGUGGACGAGCCCGAUGAUGAUGAUGAAGGUGACGAGGAAGCUUCGUGCUCCUCCUCGUCAUCUAAGACACCGUCUCUCUCCAGAGAUGUUCCUGGCUCCUGUGACGUCUCAGGCCUGUCAAACCCAGGCUGGGAACAGCAUCCCAAAGCCCCUGUCAGCAUGAGCCCCCGGAAACCGAGCCACUAUGGAGAAGCCUCCUCUCCUAAGACCACCAAGUCUGUCGUAACCCUUCCACACCUUGAAGCCGCUGUCGGGAAGUGCUCGUCCCCCAUCCGCAGCCUAUCUCCUGGCCUGCAAAUGUCCCCCGCUUUACCACAGUCUCCUGGACGAGACUUGUCCCCUCUACACUGUCCCUCUCCAAGACUCAGUCUCUCUCCAUCGUCCUGUCUGUCGUCUUUGUCUCCUUCACACCACCCAGCCUCAUCAUUCCCAGAGAGACAUGUGUCCCCCAUUAGAGCCCUGUCCCCCAUACAACCUUCGUCUCCCAGCUGUCCACUUGCAUUGACCGUCGGAGCCAGUGUGACUCUUCAGUGCCAAGCUGAAAGAUCCAGAGACUCAACAAAAGCCUCUCCCAACAGACCAGACCUCAAGACCAAACCGGUGAAAACACACAGUCCUCAGAGACGGACCAGCAUGACACGGGCGUCUCCGGCACACGGGCGUCUCUCCAGGAACACACAGCCCAGGGAAGGCCAGCGUGUGUUAAGUCACCUGCCCCUGCACUCGCAGCCCCAGGUGAUGAUUCCCAGCCUCAGCCUCACCAUUCCCAUCGGCGGCAUCCAGAUGGUGCAGCCACGCUCCAAUAUGCUGCUCCGAAGCGCAUCUCUGAACCACAGCGUGGCCCAGAUGACCGUCACCGUGCUGACGAAGGAGAAAGGGGCCAACGGGAGUCCUGCAGGUGAAGUUCCUCAUCGCAGAAAUCAGCUGAUAGUGUUCACGGACCCUGUGGUGGAGAUGAGCUCUAAGAGUGACGCUUCCUCCGAUGAAGACAAAGAGCAGAUCCGGGGAGUGGUUCAGGCAGAGCUCACAUCAAAAAAGAGGGAGGUUCCCAGUGUUCCCUUGACCACCUGGAAGAGUAUCUCUCAAAGAAACAACAGAAAGCAUUCUCGAAGUCCCAAGAAAGCUCAGCUGGUAGACGCUUCCAGAACAUCCAUGGAUGCCAAGUGUUGAAGGAAAAGUUCGGGCAAAAAUGAAAAUGUUGUCAUUAUUUAUGUACACAUGAGUUAUUAUAAAUCUGCAUGUUAGGAUGUUCAGUUUUGCUCUUUAUGCAGAAUAUCUUUUGGUACUGGCCAACAUGUUCAUAGGCAAAAUGCAGCCGAAUGAACAAAAAUCCCCCCAAAUUCAAGAUAAGGGGCUAAAACUGCCCCUGCACAAAUAAACAAAAUAUAUAAUGACUAUAGUGUGA